AUGGUGAGUUUAAAGGCGGUUUUAGGUGGUUGGUUGUUGACGAUGGUGGUUGUGAAGACCGUAAUGGCUGUGGAUUGCCUCACCGUGGCCUCCCUCAUAUCCAGUUGCUCGGACUUUGUCAAGAACGGUACACCAUAUCCGUAUCAAGGGUCCCCUUGUUGCGAUGCCAUGACCACUCUCGGCUAUCUUGCUUAUGCUGAUUUUAAUCUACGCUCUAUGUGCUUGUGUUUCAUCGGUAUCAUUACUUCCUAUGGUUCACGUGCCGCCAUUGCCGUUGGUACUUUGCCGGGUUUUUGCGGUGUUUCCUUUGGCUUUCUCGUCGAUCCUGAAACUGACUGCCGCUAG